UCCCAAUCUUCACAGAGACAAGCCUCAAAACUAUAAAAAUUAUGACAGUUCCAUUAAAAGGCAAACAUUGGGACGAAAUCACCAUAAUAAUUCUGGAAUUAUUAAAUCAUGAUCUGAGAAUAUUUCUCAGAUCAUGAGUGCUACAUUCAAAGAGGAUGACGACGAGAAUACAGAAGAGAAUGCAUAUAUUAGUGACCAGAAAGGAGAGCAGGCAUUUUAUUUCUCAGCAACUCGCCCAAGGAGCUCUACUCCAAUUGCGAGCAAUAAUUCAGAAACUCAGGAUCACAAAUUGAGUACUUCUCAGAAUCCAGGAUGUAAGAAAGUUAAUUCAAAGAAGAUCUCAACAGAGCCUUGUGAUGUAUAUGUUGAAGAGAUUCAGCAAUAUGAGCCCCAUCCAAAUGAUUUCGAUCUUGAGAAUCUUAAAUAAAAGGAUCUCCACAAAGAAGAAAAUAGAGAAAGGUGCCCUAAAUAAUCUUGCUGAUAGUGAGAGUGGCAAUACUCUCACCUACAGCAAAGUUUUUGGAACAAAUUCUCGAGAAUAUGUUAAGAUUGGGAGGGUGAAUUCUCAGGACAAUUCCUUAAUACAGGAUCAAAAUAUCGAGUUAAAAUAAGCAGGAGAACUUUGAUAGGAUCAUGGACUUCAAUCAUGAAGAGGGGAAGUUUACCUCAUAUAAUUCUCCAGAGUUGCACAAUGACAACAACUGAUCGAAUUAUUCAUCUCGUGUUGAUGAUGAGGAGACUAUGAAGAAUAACUACCUUGACUCUCCAUGUGCCAGUGAAGAAAUAUCUUGUAAUACUACGAAGAAAAAUAUCUUCGUUCAGGAAAAUAUUCUUGUAGAGGAAGGAGCAGCCUCGCUGGAAGCUGUCAGGGAAUUUGAAGAAGAAACCGAGUCUGAAGAGGGGAACAAACGAGAGAGAGAAUAA